AUGGAUAAUACUGGUUUCUAUACCUCUAUUAACAACGACCUUAUCGCUACAAAUUCCUCAUACUGCCAUAGCUCGUCUUCGGAUUAUAUGUGUCUCUAUUCUCCCAGUUCCUUUGAAAUUUUUGUUCCAAAUUAUCCCGAUAUGGUGAAUGAGGUGGAAAAGUCAGAUGGAAUUAAACAGCAAAAACAUUCUAAUUAUGGAGCUUCAGAAUAACGAGCCUUGUGUUAACAAUAAUGUUCCAAAAGAUGAUACUUCCGACUUUGCUAAACAAGUUACAUCAAAAAAUG